CCAAGAAAUGGAGCAAACUGAAGAUAUUGGAAUCAAAGUCUACAACACCCCACUACACGAUAUUGAUGAGGAUGGUCCAGACACCACCAUUCCCUCCCCUGAUCAUCUUCAGUCUGCCCCGGGAGAAGGCCGCGGCCGGAAAAAGCGCGCCAUGGCAAAGGGAGUGCAGAAAACCCUCUCGAAAACCUCGAUGCUCGCCAACUUCCUCCCCACCGGAACCCUUCUCACAUUCGAGAUGGUCAUCCCUUCAGUCUACCACAAUGGCAGUUGCACUCAUGUCAGCACCAUGAUGAUCACUUUCCUAUUGGUCCUCUGCUGUCUCUCCUGCUUUUUCUUUCACUUCACCGACAGUUUUCGCGGUCCGGACGGGAAGGUCUACUAUGGGUUUGUGACCCCUAAUGGUUUGGCAGUGUUCAAGCCUGGCCUUGGAGUGCAUGUGCCCAAAGAGGAGAGGUUUAUGCUUAGUUUUAGGGACUUUGUGCAUGCCAUCAUGUCUGUGAUGGUGUUUACGGCGAUCGCGUUUUCGGAUCAUCGGGUCACUAACUGUGUUUUUCCAGGGCAUGAGAAGGAGAUGGAUGAGGUGAUGGAGAGUUUUCCAUUGAUGGUUGGUAUUGUUUGUAGCAGUUUGUUUCUUGUGUUCCCUAAUACUCGAUAUGGUAUUGGGUGCAUGGCUACAUGAUUCAUUAGGGUUGGUAUUGCACUUACUAAUGCUCUUGCAUUAGGGUUUGAUAUUAAUUUGUAUUAUUAUAAUUAUUAUGAGAGUUUGAUCCUUGAGACAUGGAUUUAUUUAGAAUAAAUUGUCUCAAUUUAUUGGAACUCAUUUUCAAUUUCUUUUCUUUUUUUUUUCCUUCUUGAAUGUCAAGUAUUUUAGGACAUCAUAGCUAGAGCAGAUAUUAGGGUUCUAUUUUCAUCAUUAAAAAAAAUAUAUGUUGAUCGUGAGAUUGUAUUGAUAGAAAUUAUAUGUUAUGCCUAAUUAUAAUUGCAAGAAAUAACUUUCACAUAGGACAUAACAGAAUGACGAGGGUUCGAAUCUCCAAAACAACAAAGUGAAUGUGUGAAUGUAACGUCCGGAUGUAGUGUGUGCGAGUUUGUUGCCAAAAAUAAAAAAUAAAAAAAAUAAAAACCCA